UCCAGCACUACUUUUUAGAAAAACAAUAAAAAAGAGGUAAAAAUAUCGUUUCAUAUGAACUUUAAUACUUUCCCAACACUAUCAUGUAUUCUAUUAGGAACACUCGUCAAACAUUUAUUUUGUAAAUCUAGAGCUUGAACUGUUUUCAGAGGUUCACAUGGGGUUCCGAAUCUCCGACCGGACAUACAUACCUUAUAUCACCUUUGAUUAACCAUACAAAACCAAAUCAUCGUUCAUCGACUUUGUUCCCUCGAAAUGUCACGCUUCCAGAACCGUGCUGGUCACAGAUGGUAUGGUUACGACAGACAAGGGGAUAGGUACUCUCGACACUCGAAUGUACGACCACAUGGUACAGACUACAGUUACGUACGGCCUCGUAGAAUGCUGGUUGCCGUCAAGGAAGGAAUGUUACAUCCUAAACCUCCAACAUAUAGGAGACUAGAUAUGGAUGAUUCGUUGCAUAAACUACCCAUAGAGCAUUGUAGGACGUCUACCUCGAGAGCAGUUGGUAAUAUAUUAUGAUGUAGUAAAAAUUUUAUAUAUUUAUAUAAGCAUUUGUUGUUUCACAGAGAUGGGUAAGCCGGUAACUAAUCUAUCCUGAUAUUUGUUUUAAAAUUAAACUGAUGGCCAGAUUGAAGUUUUACUGUAAAUCAGGCUUUUGUCAAUUUUACGAAUGAAACAUAAAUAAUAAGAACAUAUAAUCACCGUUCUUACAUUAUUUUAAGAUUUUUAACUAUAUUUUGUCAUUUUGUCAUGUGGCGAGUAUACGCACCGUUGCGUUGACAACAAUGUCCUAACAAUAACAUUAAACAGGUCAUAAGGCCAGGUACCUUUAACGUUGUCCUAAAAUAAAAUAUUUCCAUAUAUAUAAGAUGCUUUGUACGAUAAAGUUAAUGAAAAAGCCCCAGUCCAAAAAAAUUAUGCACUGGCACCAAUCUUUACAAAGCUAAACGUGUAGUUCAACCAACCAAACUCAAUUACUACAAUUAUGUAGCAUCUUCAUAAUCGUUUCAACAAUUAUUGCUGUUCGACUCUCUUCUUUGUUUUUAGUACAUGUUUAAUAUUUUCAUAAAACAAAUAAUCAACAUUUUCAGUUAGCCAUGCCAUCAAACCGUUCGUUUAUACUGUAGUAGAAUUUUACCACAAUACGAGCGUUUGAAAAUUUUUAUUCGCUUUUACCUAAUUUGGGUACGAGACUGCCUAAUUUGUAACAUUUUGUAACAGUUUUACCUUUUGCAACAUUUUAGUUUUAAAUUUGCAACUUUUUGCAAAAUUUUAGUCACUUGGGACGUUUGUAAUUGAGACAUAACUAAUUGAUAUAAAAUAUGUAUGAAAAUGUCUUUCGAUUAUCUUACGUCAAUAAUAGGCUUUACUUCUCUUGAACGGCGCAAGCUAAUUGGUCGAAACCACAAAUAGGGGAUUAAUUUACACGUUUGCAUUUGUUUUGGAAAUACCAACCAGACAUUUGAGGCAAAACAUUACAAGUCAAUUCAGCCGGUAAAAUGUUUUUCAAUUCGCAAACGCAAUUUCCUUCGUUGGAAGGGCCGAAAUUUAACCGUGGAUCUAUGAUGCUAGCUUCUGCAAAAGAGGGGUUGUAUCAUCCACGUCUGCCGACCUUCAGACGAAUGGAUAUGGACACAGUGUCUCAGAAAUUGCCUUAUGAACAUAGCAGAACAACUACAAAUCUAACUAGAGGUAUCUUUUUGGCAUUAUGCCAUGCUUUUGGUUCGUGCUCAGCUAUUUCUUUGUAGAUCACAAUCAAUAUGCUUUAGCUAUUAUUAUCUUUAGUUAGUUAAAAGUUUUAUAAUGUCUGGUUUGUUUAUAAUUUUGUUUUUUAUUCUGUCUAUAAACAGAUGACUUUCGACACGCUGCUGUGACUUUAUUUAAGAAGACCGAGGAGCCUCUGCCAGAAGAGGUCAGCUAAUUUUGUUAUUUUUAUUAAUAUAUUGUGUUUUAUAUUUACUUUUGGAUGAAAAUUGAAAUGAAAUAACAUGUGAAAAUGAAAUGCGAGUGUUGUCAAGGAAGCGUUCUCUUGUUGCUAACGUCUGGGUUUAAAUGGCUCCGUGCGUCCACACAUGGACAGGAGUACAGGGCACUAGCAGGACAUAAAUUGUGGUUAAUUAAAAGGCGGAAUGGCAUGCAGAAUGAGUGUGAAAUGUAUUAGGAUUGGGUUAGAGUUAAAAAUGUCUCGAAUUUUGCGAUCGCAUGCCAUUUAGUGAUGCCAUUCCGCAUGUUCCACACGGACAUUCUGCCUUUUACAUUCACCAUAUGAAUUGCAUCGUGCUCAAAAUCAUUUGCAUGAUUCUAACUUGCAUUUACACGAAAUGCACGAAAGUGAACGAAUUUACGCGGUUCCAUAUAACUCAGUCCUGGUUCGUCAGAACGUGGUCUUUACCGACCUUGACCCCCUGUAUCGUCAGUCGUCACGGGGGUUUAACCCUAACAACUUUUGCUUGUUUUAAGAUUGCAAAUUUAUUUUUAGUUCAGCGUGGAAAGGCGUCCAGCGACAGAUUAUGGUCGACCUCUCACAACAUCUAUACGUCAAGAUUCUCUUACCAGGUUUGUAAGUGGAAACGUAUAUAGCAUUAAUUAAAGCUCAAUUUUCUGGCAUGAACAAAUUUUGAUAGAAAUUUUGAUAACCAUAUUAACCAUGAUAUUUUGUAAACCAUGAUAUUUUGAACAUAACCAUGAUAUUUUGUAAACCACCCUUUUAACUUCGUCUCAGAAGUAUUUAAUACUGUUUAUACUAGCCAUUAACAGGGGGCAAGACAUAUUUUGAGGUCUUUACCUUUCGAUGAAACUUAAUGAAUAAUGUUUUCCCAUACAGACAAAGUCAAAGGCCAUAUACCAAUGCUGGUUUUGGAGAGGAUUUAAGAAGGAUGCAUCCAGACAAACUUGGAGAACUUUUCCCUGCAUUUCGUAGAGGUAAAAAUACGCUUCUCUCUGAAUAUCAAUUGCAAUAUAUACGACUUGACUUAGCUCCUACGAGUUGAUAGUUAUCGCUAACCCUCUUUUCUGCAAAGACCAAAGUGCAGAACGUAUCUUAUUUUUACUAUUUUAUUACAGAACCUGAUGAAAGCUCAUUCUCAAACAGAUAUAAGUUUCAAUAUAUUCCACCUCGCGUUUUCCCAGAACAGGUGAAUGUAGAAAAAUUGUUGUCUUCAUUCAGUACGAUAUGUGAAUCUAAACUUGCCCUUAUUUUUCAUCUUUUGUAGUAUUCAAAGGUUCAUUUUGUUGACUGGACUGGAAUAAGACCAAUUCCUGCCAACACAUAGUAAGACAUUUCAUGGGAGUUUUCUUAACACUAAUUAGUAUAAUUACAUAGGUGAUUAUUGAAAAUUCUCCACGCUGAUUGGUUGCCGUUGAGGUGAUUAUUACGCGAUAAUCACCUAAGCGAUUUUCAAAAUGGCGGCUGAAGCCUUUUUGUCAAUUAAAUGACGACGAAAUGUGUAUUUUCUUAUUUUUUCCCAAAUAAUCACCUAUGAAAUUAUACUAAAACAAUUAUUCACCUCAGGCUCGGUGAUUAUCGUGAAUAAAAACCUCGACUUCGUCUCGGUUUUUAUUCACCGAUAAUCACCUCGCCUUCGGCGAAUAAUUGUUAAAUAAUGCGAAAUCUCUAAUAUUGGUUAUUCUAAUUUCCAAUUUUACAGCAGUCGAUACAGAGACGCUCAUCCGAUGUACAGGUAUAUCUUACAAAUGUUUAAAUUGGCAUGUGCGAUUUCUGAGUGGAAUGACAUAAUUUUAAUUUUAUAUUUCUUGUUUUUUUGUAGCGAGAAUAUUUCCUCCAGAUCAUGGAGACCUUGACUCUCGAAAAGAAGAUUUUUUAAUAAAACUGUGUUUGUAAUAAUCUUAAAAUUAAAGUCAGUGUUUGUAAAAUUAUGUAAAAUUCUGCGCGCAAUCUUUGAGCAAAUCAAUGACAGACUGACUUUCAUUAUCAGGAGAGCCAAGAUUUGAUCGGCGUAUAUCUGAAAAUAAGGGUUGAUGAGAGCUGGCGAGCUACAGUUCCCUUGAGAGCUUUUCAAUUUCAUCUCUCACAUCCCGUCUGAGGGGAACAGGAUUUGCAUGAGAGUUGAUGACCUGUGUGGCUGUGUCAGUUCGGAGCCGGAGGUUGGCAAAAAAACUCGUAUAUUAAACUCUCAUCAAAAUUUGAACAGUGCACAAAGUUGAUGCGGAUCAGAUAUUUGUUAGAGUUAUUACUAUAAUACAUGUUCAAAAACUAGUCACAUGUCACAAGUUUUAAUUAAGU